CGAACUUCUGCUCCCGCAACCGACCACAUCGACAACCGCGCGCCCUUUUUUCUCUCCCUCCCGGCCAUCUUGACAGCGAGAGAACUUUGGUCAAGAUGAAGCUCAACGUUUCCUACCCGGCCAAUGGGUCGCAGAAGCUGAUUGAAAUCGACGAUGACCGCAAGCUGAGACCUUUCAUGGAGAAGCGAAUGGGAACCGAAGUCGCCGGUGACUCCCUCGGUGAUGAAUUCAAGGGAUAUGUUUUCAGAAUCACUGGUGGUAACGAUAAGCAAGGUUUCCCCAUGAAGCAGGGUGUCCUUCUGCCAAACCGUACCAGACUCCUCCUUUCCGACGGUCACAGCUGCUACCGCCCCCGCCGAACAGGAGAGCGCAAGAGAAAGAGCGUUCGUGGAGCCAUCACCGGUCUCGAUCUCUCUGUUCUUGCUCUCAGCAUCGUUAAGCAGGGUGAGGGCGAGCUCCCCGGUUUGACCGACGUUGUCAACCCCAAGCGCCUCGGCCCCAAGCGUGCCACCAAGAUCCGCUCCUUCUUCGGCCUCGACAAGAAGGAUGAUGUCAGAAAGUUCGUUAUCCGCCGUACCGUUACUCCCAAGGGCGAGGGAAAGAAGGAGUACACCAAGGCCCCCAAGAUCCAGCGUCUCGUUACCCCCCAGAGACUGCAAAGAAAGCGUCACAGAAUGGCCCUCAAGCGCCGCCGCUCUGAGGCCUCCAAGGAAGCUGCCAACGAGUACGCGAAGAUGUUGGCUAGCCGUGUCCACGAAGAGAAGGCCAAGCGUGAUGAGCUCCGAAAGCGACGAGCUUCGUCGAUGCGCAAGUAAGGUCGUUAGGGCGAAGGGGUUGGAGGUUGUGAGACUUGAGCCAUUAUGGGAACUACACGAUACCAUGUUAAAUCCAGGGGAAAAGUCAAACCCAGCCAUGUUUCUUUCCCAACCGUCUCGAUGAUGAAGUAAUGAAAAGGAUACUACAUCAAUGAAAAAGGUAUAUUCUUUUAUUCUCUGCGACCGAGCGAAGGGAUGGGGCGUGUGACUUAUUACUGUGAUAAUCUUUCUCAUUUGUUUUGUUCCUUUAUAACGGGAGGGGAGUCAAAUAGGGAAAAAUUAUACAUGGGUUUGCGACAUAAUCGAGAACC